CGCUUGCUCUUCCUGCUAGAGUUGGCGCGAACGUGCACGCCGGUGCGAGACAAAGAGCAUCCUGCAGCUCUAAAUGUUGGUAGUUUGUGUUUAUUAAUCGGCUGUUGUGUAGUGUUACGCGUGAUUGCCCUCGAGGGAGUCGUCAUGGCUGAUAAAGAAGCUGCUUUCGAUGACGCGGUGGAAGAAAGGGUGAUAAACGAAGAGUACAAAAUAUGGAAGAAAAAUACCCCCUUUUUGUACGACCUAGUGAUGACCCACGCGCUGGAGUGGCCAAGCCUAACUGCACAGUGGUUGCCAGAUGUCACUAGGCCUGAGGGGAAGGAUUAUAGUGUCCAUCGGCUAGUGCUUGGCACCCACACCUCUGAUGAGCAAAAUCACCUGGUCAUUGCUAGUGUUCAGCUGCCUAAUGAUGAUGCCCAGUUUGAUGCUUCACAUUAUGACAGUGAGAAAGGAGAAUUUGGUGGCUUUGGCUCAGUGAGUGGUAAAAUUGAGAUUGAGAUUAAAAUUAACCACGAAGGAGAGGUGAACAGAGCCCGCUACAUGCCUCAGAACCCCUGCAUUAUUGCUACGAAGACUCCCACAAGUGAUGUGCUGGUCUUUGAUUACACUAAGCAUCCAUCCAAACCUGACCCAUCUGGGGAGUGCACUCCAGACUUACGAUUGAGGGGGCAUCAGAAAGAGGGUUACGGCCUGUCUUGGAACCCUAACCUGAGCGGCUGCCUCCUGAGCGCAUCUGAUGAUCAUACAAUCUGUCUCUGGGACAUAAGCACUGUCCCUAAGGAGGGAAAGAUAGUUGAUGCCAAGACCAUUUUCACUGGUCACACUGCUGUGGUAGAAGAUGUUUCCUGGCAUCUUCUGCAUGAAUCCCUCUUUGGAUCUGUGGCUGAUGACCAGAAGCUUAUGAUCUGGGACACACGUUCUAACAACACAUCCAAGCCCAGUCAUGCAGUUGAUGCCCACACUGCAGAGGUCAAUUGUCUAUCUUUUAACCCUUACAGCGAGUUCAUCUUGGCCACUGGCUCUGCUGACAAGACUGUUGCACUGUGGGAUCUUAGGAACCUCAAGCUAAAGCUACACUCAUUUGAGUCACACAAAGACGAAAUCUUCCAGGUCCAAUGGUCACCUCAUAAUGAGACCAUCCUGGCCUCCAGUGGAACAGACAGACGACUCAACGUCUGGGACCUCAGUAAAAUUGGUGAGGAACAAUCACCAGAAGAUGCAGAGGAUGGUCCUCCUGAAUUAUUGUUUAUCCAUGGUGGACACACAGCUAAGAUCUCUGACUUUUCCUGGAACCCCAAUGAGCCAUGGGUAAUCUGUUCAGUGUCUGAGGACAACAUCAUGCAAGUCUGGCAGAUGGCAGAGAACAUCUACAAUGAUGAGGACCCUGAAGGAGCUGCAGAUACCGAGGUCCAGGGAUGAAGAGGAAUAAAGAAGUUUCAUCCUCCAUUACACCUCACUGUCUCAUGACCAUGUUUUUCCCACACAUCUCCUGAAACUGAACUGUCUGUCACAUCACCAGCCAACCACACUUGCUCAAAGUGAGGAAUAAAAAAUUUUUCCUGAAGAAAACAAUUGACUGGAAAAUUUCUUUUAAAAAUAUACAAAAUGUGUAUUUUUGUAAGAUAAAUUGGUUGAUCCUUUUGGUUUUGAUUUAAUAAAAACUAUUUAAUCAAAACAGUGUAAACUUCAUAUAAACCCUUGCUUUUUAAAAUGUUCCCUAUGUUCAAAUUACAUUUUUUUUCCCUGGAAAAAAAAGUUUUAUCCACAGAGGCUAAUGCCUGGGUCCUUUCUUGCCAUGGUUAAAAUGUGGCUCUCAAUAAUAUGUUAGCUGUUAAUAAGUGAUAAAUUUAUUUUUACAUGUUUACAAAAUGCAUCACUUAACUCAUGUGUCCACAGGGAAACUUGUGUGCUCUAUUUUGUACUCUUGGCUAUGGUCUGGUGGUGUCAUCUGUUUAAUGUCUUUAAUAUUGUAAAAUCCUUUUGUCGCUUUUCAGUGUCUUUCUCCUGUUUGUCUAUACUGUUGUACAGAACAUUCAAAAUAAACUUUUUCACUGAACUCA